AUGGUUUGGCACUUUCAAACUCUGCAAAACGCCACGUCUCCUCUCCUUGACCAAUCCCGUCGCUGCGCUGUUCACCCUUCGGUUUCGCACGUGGCAAGUGCUGACACGUGUCGAGACAACAGUUCCUUUAUAACCAACACCUUCCUCGCUCCCACGCUUCGUAUCGCCCCACCAUUAACGGCGACGUUAGGGUUGCUCGAGAGAGAGGGAGAGUGUUUUAGGGUUUUUCUAGAGAAAGAUAGAGAGAGAGAGAGAAGAGAGAUGAAUUUCCGCGGGGGUUGUUGUAUAGCGAGGUACGGCGGAGGGGCGUACGAUAUGUCUAAGGUGGAUCGGAUCAUGCUCCGGUUCCGCCCGAUUGCGCCGAGACCGGCGGUUGGAGGAUCGACUACGCCGCCGGAUAAAAAUGUAUCGGCGAAAGUUUCUUCGAAAUCUGGACGUGGAAGGCGGAAAGUCACGAAGGAGGGCAGUAACAGUAGUGGAUCUGCGAAUAGUAACGGUAACGGCAAACGGUGCAACAAACGGCGAAGAGAAAAGCCGAAGGAUGGUGGAUCGAACGGCAGAUGCGGUCGAGGAACGACAACGGAUGUGGUGACGCUUCCGCUGCUGCCGGAGAUUCCGGAAAAGAAGGAUUCACCGGCGCCGGAAACGGUCAGCGUUUUAAAUUUUCAGUUAAGUACUACCCCUUUUUGGCUGAGCUUCGGGGGCGGCAGAUCUGACGGAUGUUAUCAAACGGCGACGGCGCCGUCAGCUCCGACGGAAACCGUUACGUCGUGCGUGACGGUAGAGUGUAUAACGGACACGUGGGUGGAGGGACAGUACGAGCUAGGGUGUACGGACGAGGAGAGGAAGAUGAAUCUAGAAAAGGACACGUGUCCAGGUUUCAUAUCGGACGGUCUAGGGAGAGUAACGUGGACGAAUGGUCCGUACAGGGAUCUGGUUAUGAGGAAUAAAGGCGACCGUAACGCCGAGAUAACGGUGCUGUUGGUUAUGAAGGAGAGGCCGCUGCUGACGCACCCAGCGUUUACGUGCAGAGUGCGUUUGCAGUACACGUGUGGUCGUAACAGGGAAAAGUGUUCGAUCAUCACUUCGCCUUGUGACGUUUGGAGGAUGAACGGCGGUAGAUUCGCAUGGCGGCUGGACGUUAACGCCGCGUUAUGCCUCGGACGGUGAGGUUAACGUCGUUAGCGUUGGUUGGACAUGCAGGUCUUAGAAGUGUAUAUAUUUAUAUGUUUUAUGUUUUUCUGUUUUGGUAUUUUUAUUUUCUCCUUUGUUUUAGUUUUUAAGUUUAGCGUUUAUUUUUCGUAUUUUGUAAAAAUUCCUUUUUUUGUCUCUUGGUUUGAAGGCGACGGAAUCGUGAUUCUCCAGUAUGUUUAAUUAUAUUUUGGAUAAAUCAAGCAAUUGCAUUUGGAC